CAGUUCAGGCGAGUUCAGUGUGGUUGAGGCCGCUGGCAGAGGAGGAGGUGUUCACAGCCGCUCCCUGACUAUCUCUUGACUCCACAAGUUCAAAGUUCCAUUUCCCUCACCAGGACCCCGUGUACCCCUGAACCUUUAGUAGUGUGUGCUGAGGAGAAGUGAUACCCGCCAGAAAUACAGGAAUAACCGGAGUCCACCAAGCAAGACAAGGUUGCAAGAUAAAACAGUUCUACGAGUAUAUAGACAAAGAAAAAAAAAAAAAAAAAAAAACAAGAGGGUAAUAGAACAAAAUUCGACUAAACAUUAUUACUUCUUAACAUCCCCAAACACCAACAAGAGUAGUACAUGAAGCAAAGUGUCCAUUAAAAGUGAAAAACCAGGAAGGAAAGUUGUGGGGAGGGAGAGAAAAGAAGAAAAGGUGGAGGUAGCGUGGUGUGCGGGCGCGCAGGAGCACCAUGUACAAGGUCCCCCGUGGGCCCAGCAGGAUCAUCCGAACCAGACGAGAUUUGAGUCAAAAGUUGGAAAAUUUGGAUCUGAAUCGAGAGGUGACGAGGAGGACGGAGGACGCUGCAACUAUGAGUUCUCCGCGGCCUGUGUUCCAGCCAGUGGGCGGGGGCGGGAAGGGAGGGCGGCCCAGCAACGGGCGCUCCCCGCCUCAUGACACCAUCUCCCCGCAGCACGAGGAGCUCAUUCGCUUCUUCAAUGACUCAUGGGGCAGAGUGUGUAAAGAAAUGGAGAUGGGAAAGCAGAAUGGGCAUGAUGGCAGAGGGAAUGUAAUCACGUACUACCAGGAGAAGAAUGAACAUCCAGCACUACAAGACUUCAAGCCAUUUGACUUGGAGGCUUGGUGGGGCAAGAGGAUCUACCAAAACCUGACCCAGUCCACCUAAGACCUGCACUACAGCAGUUCCAGCAUCCUGUUGUUGGAACAUGGAGGGUUGCACACCCCUCUUUCUCUCCUCCUUUAUUUUUUUCUUUUCUAUUUUCUUUUUCCAUUUACUUCUGCAUAGACAGACUUCACAGCUAGUUCCCACAGGGUGUGGUGUGAGCUGCUGUGCCACAUGCACACCCUAGAGGCUGUGAUGGGAGUCUCCUGAAGUGAGACCUGUGAGUUGAGUGUGCCGCUCUUGCUGCCACCACCACUGCUUCCCAUCCUGCUGUGUUGUCUGCACGUGGUUGUGAAGGCAAGCACGAGGAGAUGUAGAGGGUAGAAGCCCAGUUACUUGUUUGAUAUUUUCUUUUCUUUUUUUUACUGUUGGAGUCAUUGGUAAAGGGAGUAGACUUUUGUAUAAUUUGCUAACAGCAUGCCAGGAAGAACAGAUGUGCAUGAUGAGGGGGAUGAGAUACAGUUUGUAAGAGUAGUUUUCCCAGGUGUCAUCUGGGGAAUAGCCUUAGAAAAAGUAGGUGAAAUUAUUUAGUUACACUAGCAUUCCAGUGAAAAAAAAUAGUCAAUUGGAAGUGAAAAAAAAAAGUCAUUUGGAAUUGUAAAGCCAGAUGGUGAUGCCCUGGUGGACACUUCACAUCUGCCUCGUUUCCUGCAAGACAGGCUGAGGAAUGGGGGCUUUGAUGAAUGUGCUGUUUGUUAUUGCAGAAGACCAUUUCAAUGUAGAUGUAGCAACCAGGCAAGAAAAUUAGCAAUAUUUCAUAUCAAAAUUUUUUAAAAUUGAAAAUACUGAAAAUGUAGUGCAUGCUUAAGUGACAUCCCUUCAAGUUUUUUAUUGUGAAGUUGUCAAGGACUAAUGAAAUGUGGCAGGUCUGUUAGGAAGUGUUUUCUUAAGCUACUUGCUAUGCAGUACAAAACCAACAAUACUGUUGCCACCUGAAUGACAACAAAAAACAAAACUGGCUCUUGAAAACCAGCUAUUUUUAAGACUUUACACACAAGAAGCAUCUGGUUGGAGCUUCAUGACCCCAGCAUCAUGUUUCCUGCCGAGCCUGCGGCCCUCGGCCUGAUUGUAAAUUUGUGGAUCUGGAGUGGUGUCUGAUGGAUCCUCUCCUGUUUUGGCAAGGCACAAACUUUUCCAAUGGCUCUAGUUUGUCACUAGUUUUCAUGUAAUUUGAAAAUCAAACGCUGAAGAUAAAUGUACUAUUGUGUUAAUUGUUCAUUCAGUUCUUAUAGGUGCUACAGACACAUUUUUUCAUGAAGAUUUUAAUGUAUUUCAGUAGAUGAGUACUUUUACAAGAGAUUUUUAGAUGUUUUAUAGUUUGGUGUACACAAUUUAGCCUUUUUCCAUUUUAAAAGACAAAGAAGCUGUAGGUCCUGUGUUCAUUGUGCAGUUUCUCAUUUUAUAAUGUAGUAUUUUAAGUAGUGUAUUAGGUACAGCUGCAGCAGAGCAGUGUUGAAGGGGUUAGGAGGGUGUCGUGAAGCCCCAACCACAAUGCUGCCAGUGUCAGGCGCCUCCCUGUCGAGUGUCAGUUGGGUGAAGGGGUCGUCUCCCUCAGGAACUAACACCUCACAGUACAUCACCACCUUGCCGCCUCACCCUCCCACAGCUCCCCCAACAUGUUAAGAUUUCCAUGUGUUCUUUGCUGCCCAACCAACCCCCUCCCACCUACCCAGUCUCUAUUUUUAUAGCCGUGUUGCAAGAGAGCCAAGUGAGGGCAGUUCCUCGGGGGUACAACCUGAUCGUUAGUCUGUGAUAUUAUUUUGUUUCCUCUUGUGGGGCAACUCACAUACCGAGACAAAGUAUUUUGAACCAAUCUUGAUGCUGGAUAUAUUUGACCUGACAUAGUUUGUACAAAUAAACGUUGAAAAGUA